AUGUCGAUAUUUAUCGUCAGUUAUCUUCUACUUUCCUUAGCGAACGGCAUUGAUAGUCGAUCACUAUUGAAAAGUCAUGAAAAUCCAUCUGAUGUUAAACAUUUCGAAUCUCAACUCGAUGAUAAAAUCGGCUUUUGGUCGCCAAGUACCAGCUCAAUCGAUUGGUGUGAACGAAAUUAUGUUGUUACUUAUUACAUAGCUGAAUUCUGGAAUUGCAUAUCAAGUUUAUUAAUGUGUUUAUUUUCAUUGAUUUUAAUCGUUCGUGGUAUGUAUUACAGAAUCGAACGUCGAUUUACUUUGCUUAGUUUCUCAUUUGGAUUAGUUGGAUUUGGUUCUGCUUAUUUCCAUGGAACAUUAACACAUUUCGGUCAAAUGGCAGAUGAACUACCAAUGGUCUAUUCAAUGAUUAUUUGGUGGUUUAUUCUCUUUCGAAUGAAUAAACAUCAUUUGGCGAGCGAACAUAUAUCUCCGAUAGAUGUAUUGAUCGUAUUUGGAAUCGCAUACGGUUUCCUGUGUAGUUAUAUUCAUAGUCUGAAAACAUUUGUCAUAGUUUUUCAAGCUCAUUUUACUCUAAUGGUCAUAGGCGGAAUUGUCAAACUAAUUUUCCUCUAUCGGCAAACACAACAUCAUACGAAAAAUGUCAAAUACUUAAUUUUGUGGUACGUUGGCUUAUUAAUACCAGCUGUGAUAUGUUGGUUAGUUGAUCAGCAGUUCUGUGAGUAUUUUAAUAGUAAAAAUGCAUUUAAUCCACAAUUACACGCAUGGUGGCAUGUUUUAUGUGCUAUUGAUGCUUAUGUUGGAGUUGUAUGUGGCGAAGCUUUGCGUCGUUUAUCUAUUCAAUGUAAUAAAUAUGAAGGAAAUAAGAAAUUAUUCAAGCCCCAAGACCACUUACGUAUUCGAUUUUAUCUUGGUUUACCUUUUGUGGAUUAUUCGACACAUCAAGAAAAUAAAGCUGAUUAA